CGGCACCACCGCUAACGCCACACAAGCACCGUCACACAUGCCCCUAUCCGAAGACUCGUUACUCUGUCCUAGACAGCAUCCUAUGAUCUAUUAUCUCUAUAGAGGCGGUCUCACCUCUUUGCCAUGUCACAGAUAGCCUGUUGCACCUGCGCAACCCUGCUCGCUGCGGCAUCCCGCACGGGGUCGCCGUCGGAGAAACCCCUACCCGACAGGACUAGGCAACUCAACUGCUGCGGCCGUAUCAUAUGCGGUGGAUGUCUGCUAGUAGGCCUCCAUAUCUGGUUCCCCGGCUCCCUCCGGACUUCGGUUGGGUUAAUCAUAACCUCAUCCAAUCCGUGCAGAGAAACCCUCGCUUCCUCGGCUACUGCCCCUACUGCCAGACUUCGGGACCGGCCGAACUGCCGACGGCCCAGCGUGUACGACAUAGGCCGCGAGAGGAAAGUAGGCCAGACAACGACCCGCCGCCGCCGCCAUACUCGGCCAUCGCUCCAUCCGCCGACCGCUCGACUCCUCCUCCUCCUCCACCACCUUAUACACCCUCCUCCCCAUUGCCCUCUUCCCUCUCACCCGCCCCACCACCACAGCCCGAAGAAAAAGAAGACCUAACACUCAGCGCGAGCUCCUCGCCUCCGGGCUACACGAUCCACCACCUGCGGCACCCGCCCCACCCGACGCCGGACACGAUCCAAUCCCUCUCCCUGCGCUACGGCAUCCCCGCCGCCGUGCUCCGCCGCCACAACAACCUGCCCCCUGACGCGGACUACCUCCUCUUCGCGCGGCACACCCUCCGCAUCCCGACCGCCUAUAUCACCAACAACAACACCGCUGGCCACCCCCGCCAGCCGUCCGACAGCAGCAGCAGCAGCAGCAAUAGCGACAGCGACAGCACCAGCCCCAGCCUGUCGCCGCACCCGGUAGAAGACGCGGCGGAGCGGGCGCGCAAGACGGCGAUCCGGCGGUGGAUGGUGGCGUGCAAGGAGGCCGACUACGACGUGGCGGUGGUGUACCUGGGGGAGAGCGGGUGGGCGCUGGGGGAGGCGGUGCAGCGGUACUGGGACGACGUCGCGUGGGAGCGGGAGCACCCCCUGAUCCCGAGGUCGAAAUACUCCGGAGGAGGAGGACGGGUGGGAGAGAAGAAGGGCUUGGAGAGAAGGCAGAAGGGCAGGGAAGCAAGGAAGGGCGGGGCGGGGGGAGGGGCGCUGUUGGGUUGGUGGAAAAGCUGACGACAGAGAAAGAGAGCGGGGAUAACGAGCUUCACGAAGGCACAAAAGAGGGUUGUGUGUGUGUGUGUGUGUGUGUGUGUGCGCCCGGGUGUUCACAAUCCGGAUCCCUCUGCAGCAUCAGUUAGGUUCACUCGUAACCGUUGGAGAUAAAGCAUUCACUCAGCGUGACAAUAAU